GGAACCGGUAAACAGGGAGGGCGGCGGAGCUGUCGGUGUCGCCGCUGGCGGGAAAGAGGCACGGUUUACAUUAAGGACAUGGUGACUGACUUCGAUGAGAAGCAUGAUGAAUAUUUAAUAUUCCUUCAACAAAGAAACCGGAUAUUGAGACAUUUGAAAAGAAAGGAUCCCAUGCAAAUCAAACUAGAGCAUUUAGAACAAGGAUUUUCUCUGUAUCUAAAUGGAGCUAAUUCAGAGUCAAGAAACUAUCGCAGAAAACCCAGUUUUCAAGAAUUCUUUAGAUGUGGGUCGCAGACUGCAAGGAUAAAUGAUUCUGGUACAGCAGCCCAAGUAAAAGAAAUUGAACUGCAAGGACGCAGCACGCAGACUGCACCAAGCAAAAUCCAGCGUAAAGGGUGGUGUCAGAAACCUGUGCAGAUUAAAACAGAAAGUGGCUCUAGACUCUGCAUUUCACCCCCUCCGGAGUACUCUGAUGAUUUUGAACCUUACGAAAGCUUGAAUAUGGAGACAAACGACUAUCAUAUUAAUUGCUCCCAGAAUCUCAAGUCUCCCAGAAGUCCUGUCAGUGACUUUAAAUUCACCACCCAGAACCCAGAACUGCAAGUACAUGGUGAUGUGGAAAAGGAAAGAAUACUUUUAAGUAUUGAUGAUGUAAAGGAAUUGAGAAGAAGUUUGGAACUCAGUGUAAGUCAGAAAAGGAUGGAGAAGGACUGUUCUAGUGAUGACUAUGACUCUGUUGAAGAGGAUGUGCUUUUGGAGCACUCUCAGGUGGAAGAGACAGUUGCAAGUUUUGGAAGCCUCCAGUUGCCCAGCAGUGAGUCGUUACUGAAGGAUGUUCCAAAGUAUCAGGAGGCUGGAAGAUGCUGUGACCUUGAUGCUGGUGCUCUUGUGCUGGAAUUUAAGCAGAAUCUGACAAAUGUGAAACAGGAACGAAUUCUGUCUGCAAAGAGGAAAGAUGCUGCUGAAACCUACAUUCCAAUCAGACCUAUGAAGGUCAGAAGUAAAAUGGCUCGGCCACUUUCUGCUGGACCCCCGCACAAGGAGGGACAUGAAAGAACCUGUUCUAGACCAUUAAGUCGACCAGAAAAGCCACUGUCAGCAACUCGAAGGAAUGUUUGUGAGAAGAAGGAUCCUGAGCAAUCUGCUUCUGCUGUCAUUAAAGCUAUGCAAGCUGAAAAUGAGAUCUUGCAAAGAGAGAUGCUUUGCAGAAGGCUGGAGACUUCUGCCAGCCAUCAAAUGCUGCCUUCUGUUUCAACUUCAUCUGUUUCUGCAACAACCGAGCCUUCAGAAAAACAACAGGAAACAACUGUAGUGUCAGAAGCUAUUGAAAGAAUUGGCCAUUUGGGAAGCAGGCAACAGAAGAAACUUUUGAAACUCCUGCAGGAAAUUGAGAGCUGUUCUACCUGCCACAGUCACAAAGUCCUACCUGCUGAGGAACUGGAGCCAGAUUCUGUGGUGAGAAAUAAGGCUUUUACAGAUAGGUGCAAUAAUCACAGCUUUGUAACUAUUCUGCCAUCCAGAUUUUAUCAGAAACCAAAAUGA